ACAUUUUCAAACACUCCGCCUUCAAAUUUGAUGACAAGGGUGACGCGUUUGAACGAUGGCGAGGUGACAGAAUGAGGCACCUGAAUUUUGAGUUUUGUUUUUAGUUACGUAUGCAUUCAUGAAGUCAAGCAGGGCUCUGGGAUUUCUGCUGUGUAGAUGUGGUAUUUUAUUCUUGUUUUUUUUUAAGACAACAUGUUUGAACCCCUCGAGACUCUGCUGAAAUAUGAGACUCCAGUUUUAAUCAGUAAAACUACAGAUAGAAAGAGUACGAAGGGGGGGCGUCCUUUUAAAAUCAGCAACCAAGCGCAUGCCGACUCCCCGGUGCCUCCACCGCCUAAAGUUAAAUCCUCUGCAGCUGAAGCCCCAAGGCAACAAAAUGAUGACAUACUUAACCUCAUCUUUCCACCCAGGGAAUGGAUGGAGGGAAACCAGCUGUGGGUGCAGCAAGUGUCCAGCGCGCCGUGCACCAGAGCGGACGUGGUGAACCUCGAGGAGCUCCUGGACAGGAAACUGCAGCAACGAAGGGCCAUAGAGACGGGAAUAUGCCCUGUUCGAAGGGAGCUCUAUACCCAGUGCUUCGAUGAGCUGAUCCGGCAGGUGACCAUCAACUGCGCCGAGCGGGGUCACUUGCUGUUGCGGGUCCGAGAUGAGAUCCAGAUGACCAUAGCCGCUUACCAGACCUUCUAUGAGAGCAGUGUGGUUUUUGGCAUGAGAAAAGCUCUGCAGGCUGAGCAGGACAAGGUGGACAUGCAGAAAAGAAUUGCAGUGCUGGAGCAAGAGAAAGAUGAGCUGCAGAAAGAGUUGCGCGAUGAGAAGGCCAAAAGCGACGCCAUCGAAAAAACCGAAGAAGACAAACAUGAAGUUCAGGAAAAGAAGUACACGGAGCAGAUUCAGUUCCUCAAGAGAACCAAUCAGCAGCUUAAGGCUCAACUGGAGGGAGUUGUGACACCAAAGUAAUUUCACAGUAGCCACUUCACAAUGGAACAUGUCACUGAACAGUACACUUUUUUAAUGAAUGAAUGUAUUGUUGGGUAAUUAAAAAUUAAAUGUCUUUUUUAAAGAA